GCCGCCAUCUUGGCUGCAGCCGUGAGGGAGCCGCGGCCGCCGCUGCCCGCCCCGCCCGCUCCGCCGCCAUCGCGGCCCGGCCGCCGCUCCCCGCCUGCCUCCCUCCCUCGGCCGCGGGCAGGAGGGGCCGCCCGGGGCCUGGCGGCCGCGGAGAGAUGAGCAGCAGCAGCAAUAAGAGGGCCCCCACCACAGCCACGCAGAGGCUGAAGCAGGAUUACCUGAGGAUCAAAAAGGAUCCAGUGCCUUACAUCUGUGCUGAGCCCCUGCCCUCCAACAUCCUGGAAUGGCACUACGUGGUGCGAGGGCCUGAGCUGACCCCAUAUGAAGGUGGAUAUUACCACGGAAAAUUAAUAUUCCCUCGAGAAUUCCCUUUCAAACCCCCCAGUAUUUAUAUGAUCACCCCCAAUGGAAGGUUCAAGUGCAACACAAGGCUCUGUCUGUCCAUCACGGAUUUCCACCCGGACACCUGGAACCCGGCCUGGUCCGUGUCCACCAUCCUGACGGGGCUGCUCAGCUUCAUGGUGGAGAAGGGGCCCACCCUGGGCAGCAUCGAGACCUCCGAGUUCACCAAAAGGCAGCUGGCUGCACAGAGCUUAGCAUUUAAUUUAAAAGACAAAGUCUUCUGUGAGCUCUUCCCUGAAGUGGUGGAGGAGAUGAAGCAGAAGCAGAGGGCCCAGGAGGAGCUGAGCUCCCGGCCGCCGCCGCUGCCGCUGCCCGACGUGGUUCCGGACGGGGACGCGCACCUGGGGCACCACGGGCAGGCCCCGCCGCUGGGGCCGCGCGCGGCGCUGGUGCCUGGGCCCGCCGGGGGCCUGCAGCAGCCGCCCAGGAACCACGGACUCUUGGGGGGGGCCCUGGCCAACCUGUUCGUCAUCGUGGGCUUCGCCGCCUUCGCCUACACAGUCAAGUACGUGCUGAGGAGCAUAGCCCAGGAGUGAGGCCUGCAGGGACCGGGCUCCCGGGGCCUUGGGGACUGUGGCGUUGGGCCCUGCCCCGGCCCCGGCGGGCUCGGGAACCUUUGGGUGUGUGGGGCUCUGCUCCAGCUGUGCUUUCAACACUGAAGAUCUUCAGCCAGUUUUGAUUCUGUUGAGUUUUCACUUCAGGAUGAAUGGGACUCUCGGAAUGGGACUCUUGGGGUGGAAAAUGUGGGGUUUUGCCCUUCUGGGUUGUGGUGGGGCUGGGUGAGACACAUUGAUUUGUAGAGCUCUCCUCCAUCUGUGGUUUGAACAUUGAAGAUCUUCAACAAA